AGUUUAUGCGCUGAUAAUCUGCUCAUUAAAUAAAUGCACUAAUCGCUUAACUAUUUCUUUAAAGGUCAAAAUUAUGUACUUAUUUACUCACAAACCGUUUUCAGAUAUCGUUCAUUUAUUGCUAAUGUCUUUCAUUCAUUACUAACAUAAGGUUUUAAAAUUCUAACCGAAAUAUUUCGCAUAAAGAGUUGCCAGUUACGCCACUGGGCACACACAGCAAUGGCGAUAGUAUACGAAUACACACGUACGACCACCCCUAUGCAAGAAGAGCCAUGGCCAUGACCAGCUCGGUUUAGUGCGUCUUCUACUCACAACUCGUCAGUGGUCGCCGAGUAGGCCGUGGGAGAGGGUUCUUAUUCGUAUUAUAAUUUUAUUUUGCUGCGGGUGUGCACUGAUACUGUUAUUAUUAUCAUCAUUUGGCUACUUAAAUCUUAAAAGGAAAUAACGUAACAAUUACGAAAACAAACCUCAAUGAAGAUAACCAAAUAUUGGAUAAUAAAAAUUCUGAGAGUAAUAAAAACAUUGGAUAGCAAUAGAAAAUAGACUAAAACGGAAAUAUAGAAAACGAAGAUAAAAGUUUUUGUGAAUUGUGCUUUUAUAAAUGAGACUUUCUAAGAUUUAUUUAUAAAAAAAGGAUUACCAAUUUAUGAAAAUUAAAGAGAUGUGAAAAGAUUCAUUUUAAUCAGCAGUUUCGCGCAUAUAUGCGCCCUCAUACGUCAUGCGCAGUUACUAAGGGUUGGAUUCUCGCGGCAACAUUUUUGUAGGCUGGUUCGACGGAAUUGAGUGACGAAUACGAGUGCACACACAUGUUAACUUAAUCAUAUAUCUCCUAGCAUACUCGGCGGCCAUUUGAACAGCUUCGUCAUACGGUGCCAGCUUUUUCAAAAGGGAGAACCGGGUUGACAAAUUCUGUUUUACUAAUUGAUCGAAAUGGCGAGUACUUCACAACAAUAUUGUCUGCGCUGGAACAAUCAUCGCUCUAAUUUAUUAACAAUGUUUGAUAAGUUAUUGCAAAACGAGGCAUUUACUGACGUGACUUUGGCAGUUGAUGAAGGUGCAUCUGUUAAAUGCCACAAAAUGGUUUUAGCGGCAUGUUCCUCUUAUUUUCAAACUCUAUUUAUUGAUUUACCAUGCAAGCAUCCAAUUGUAGUAUUAAAAGACGUGAAAUACUCUGAUAUUAAAGCUAUCUUAGAAUAUAUGUAUCGAGGUGAAGUAAAUGUGGCUCAAGAACAAUUAGCUGGUUUAUUAAAAGUCGCAGAAGUAUUAAAAGUGAAGGGAUUGGUUGAAGAAAAUAACUCUCAAAGUCAUCAAGAAGAAGUGGAAACAUCUAUGUCUCCUCCGCCAGCCAUAAGUACCAGUACAACCAGUAGUGCAGCUCAUAGUAGUGGACAUAUAUCUCCACCGCAUUCUACAGGGACCACGUAUAAUAUUUACGGCAAAUCACCAAUUGAUCGAAAUAGCCGGUUAGCGCUACCAAUGUGGCCUUUAUCAAGAUUUCCUAUUACUCAUUCCAGUUCGAGCCACCAGACAACAUCACAUCAACACUCCCCCAUCUUAACCGGAUCUUAUGACAAUGGUUUUGAAACUUCCCCAUUGAAACGCAAGAAACUCUUGAAUAUAUUAAUGAAUAGAGACACACCGAUUCUUAGAACGGUUCUCGGUCAAGGUCAUGCAGAUAGUUCACAGGGGAUUCCUCUCUUACAUCCAGAUAGUCAAGAAACUCAAUUUAGAAUUAACAGUAACGGUUCAUCAAAUGAAAAUGAUAGACGCAGUAAUGUAGAUAUAGUUCAUGGAGAAUCUGCACAUAGUCCUUAUACCGAUGUUUCUAUAAUGGAUGAAGAUGAUAAGCAAUCAUCGCCACAAUCAUAUGCUCCGGAUGUUAAACCAGAAAUGAUCAACUAUGUACCAGUUCAAAAGCCAGAAUGGAAACGAUAUAAACAAUAUACAAGAAAUGAUAUCAUGUCUGCGAUUGAGGCAGUACGCUCGGGAAUGAGUGCUUUGCAAGCAGCACGUAAGUAUGGAGUACCCUCUCGAACUCUCUAUGAUAAAGUGAAAAAAUUAGGGAUUACAACGUCACGGCCAUUUAAGCGUGGCUCAAAUGGUAGUGGCGCUUGUUUCCCUUAUGGAAUCGGUGGUAAUUCAAAUGGCAAUAUCUACAGCGGCGCACUUUCAGAAAACGAAAAUGAAAAUAGUAGCGUGAUAGAGGAUGCUGGGCCUAUUCUUGAUACAUGUAAAUCAAGAGAUAGUCCUGUGGAUCUAAAGAUUCUAGAUACUACUCGUUGUACAUCUAGCCCCUCAGUACAUUCCGUGAAAGAACAAAGUAACGAAUAUCAGGUUGAAGAUCUUUCUGUAAGUCGUAAGACAGAUAUUCGUGUGAUAGUCCCGCCAACAUCAGUAAUUAAAAGCGAAGAAAAUAUGGUUUCCAAUUUUUGCAGUCACGAUUAACUUAGAUAUAUUUUUUUAUUUUUCAUUAUUACCAGUGUGUUCAUUUGACAACAACUAAACGUACUAUUUAUCGGUUAAUUAAAUCACAAACAAAUUUUUUAUAAAAUUUUUAAUAAUUUAAGAAUACCAAUUUAGAAAAAAUUACAUACAGAUAUUUAUAGUGUUCAGUA